AUGUCUGCAGCAUUCAGUAGUCUGAACCCCAGGCUCGCCGCCACAAGACUCCUUCCCAGACUGCCCUUGGCUCGUCGAGCACUGGUGAGCGGCCCGAGCAGCUUCAAGAACUCGGUGGGCAGCGCACGCGGCCCUUCCCAGCCCAGACAGCUCCACGCCACAGCACGCCGGAACAAUGGGCUCACAUUCGAGAACACCGGCCGGCUGCCCGAGUUCAGCCUGAGAGACAAGGUCAUCAUCGUCACCGGGGCAGGCCGUGGGCUGGGACUUGUCCAGAGUGAGGCCCUGCUCGAGGCCGGCGCAAAGGUCUACGCCCUCGACCGGCUGGACAAGCCCGACCCGGACUUCGAGCGCGUCCAGGAGCGCGCCAAGGAGCUCGGCACCAGCCUCUCGUUCAACCGCAUCGACGUGCGUGACAACAUCAGCCUGAACGCCACCGUCGAGAAGAUUGCCGACGAGAACGGCCGCAUCGACGGGCUGCUCGCAUGUGCCGGCAUCCAGCAGGAGACGCCUGCGCUCGAGUACACCAUGGAGGACGCCGACAAGAUGUUUGGCGUCAACAUCACGGGCACCUUCAUGACGGCCCAGGCGGUGGCACGGCAGAUGCGCAGGCUCGAGCGCCCGGGAUCGAUGGUCUUCAUCGCCAGCAUGAGCGGAAGCGUGGCGAACAAGGGCCUGUUUUGCCCGGCGUACAAUGCCUCCAAGGCCGGCGUGCUUCAGCUCGCGCGCAACCUCGCCAUGGAGUGGGGCACCCACGGCAUUCGCGUGAACAGCAUCUCGCCCGGCUACAUCGUCACCGCAAUGACGGCGCCGCUUUUCGAGCAGUUCCCCGACAGGAAGGAGAACUGGCCCACGCAAAACAUGUUGGGCAGGCUGAGCUACCCAGAGGAGUACCGUGGCGCGGCUGUCUUCCUCCUGAGUGACGCCUCGAGCUUCAUGACAGGGGCUGAUCUUCGCAUAGACGGAGGUCACACGGCCUGGUAA